UCGACUUCGAAUCGCGCCACUCGUACACCUUCCGCGUGGAAGCCACCAACACGCUCAUUGACCCCCAGUACAUCCGCAAAGGCCCCUUCAAGGACAUGGCCACCGUCCGCAUCACGGUGGAGGACGCCGACGAGCCCCCGGCCUUCUCCCGCUCCGACUACCACCUCGCCGUCUACGAGAACAGCCCCCCGGGGACCCUGCUGGGCAAGGUGACAGCCGUGGACCUCGACUCCCCCAGCAGCGCCAUCCGAUACUCCAUCCUGCCGCACACGGACCCCGAGCGCUAUUUCAGCAUCAACCCUCAGGACGGGACCAUCCUGACCUCUGUGCCUCUCGACCGGGAGCUCUUGCCCUGGCACAACAUGACCGUGGUGGCAACGGAACUUGACAGCCCCACACAGGCCUCCCACGUCCAAGUGGCCAUCCAGAUUCUGGAUGUCAACGACAACCCGCCCCAGCUGGAGCACAGCUAUGAGCCGUUUGUCUGUGACAAUGCAGCCCCCGGCCACUUGGUGCAGCUGAUCCGAGCGGUGGAUCGAGACGAGGAUGGGAACGUGAGCCGCAUCAUAAUCCGCUCCCCGCUUGGGGCCAGGGACCCGAACGUCACUGUGCGAGACAACAAGGAUAACUCUGCCUCCUUGCUACUUCGUGCCGCCCGCCUGCCCACCCAAGGCGGGUCCCUGCUGGUGCCGCUGGAACUGGUGGACGGGGGCUCCCCCACCCGCACAGGCUCCCCCACCCUGACCGUCAGCAUCUGCCGGUGUCGGCGCGAUGGGGCCAUGCACUCCUGCGGGGCCGAGGCCCUGGGCUCCCCGGCAGGCCUCAGCACGGGUGCCCUUCUUGCCAUCCUCGCCUGCGUGGGCACUCUGCUUGCCCUGGUGCUGCUGUUUGUCGCCCUCCGGAGGGCAAAGCAGGCGGCGCUGCUGCCUUUCGAAGAAGAGGACGUCCGCGAGAACAUCAUCACCUACGACGACGAGGGCGGGGGCGAAGAGGACACGGAAGCCUUUGACAUGGCCGCCCUGCAGAACCCCGACGCUGCCCCUCCACCGCCUCAGCAGCGCCGCCUCUUCCGGCGGGACGUGCUCCCCCGCCUGCACUUCCCGCCCUCCUUGCCGACCCGCCUGCCCCCGCAGCCCCACGACGUGGCCAGCUUCCUGGCGGCCCGCCUGAGCGAAGUGGACGCCGACCCCUCCGUCCCCCCCUACGACUCCAUCCAGGUGUACGGCUAUGAGGGACAGGGCUCCUCGGCCGGCUCCCUCAGCUCCCCGGGGUCCUCUUGCGCUGGCGACAGCGACGCCGGAGGGUACGAGUACCUGGAAGAAUGGGGGCCACUCUUCCGAACACUGGCUGAGCUCUACGGCACCCCCAGAAGGGCCACCUCCAACCUGAGGGAUUUUGAACCGGGAAGGGGUCACAUCCACAGAACAGCGCGGCCCUCCAGUCCUCUCUGUCCCUGUCGUGUUGCUUGUUGCUUUCUCCCUUUUGGUUUGCUCUCGGUUUCAGCUUGUCUUCUAGACAUCUCCUGUCCUUGUUUGCGUCGCCUCCCUGUAGGCCGGGGCGGCUGGUCUGUGGCCUUCCAGAUAUUUCUGAGUCACAUCAGUCCCACCCGGCAUGGCCGGCAGUCAGGGAUGAUGGGGGGAGCUGUGAUUGUGCAACAUCUGCAGGGCCACAGGCUAGCCACCCCAAUUAUUCUUUCAGUGCGUCUUUCAUUCUCUCGCGGUUUUCCCGCUCCCCCAAAUCUUUCAUGUUUAAAUUACUUUGAUUUUAUUUCGGAUUCUUCUCUUCCCUUCUUCAGCUACUUUGCACUUCCAGCGUCUGCCAUUCCUUACUCUGUUCCUUUAGACGUCCUCGAUUCCCUUUCCAUUUUGCUACUUUGUCAUUUGUUCAGCCUUUAAACAAAAAUGUUAUGGGUUGGUUUGGGUUGGGUUUUGUUUUGGUCCCCUCUGUAAUUC